AUGCAAGGGGACAACCACGACGCCAGCAAAUACAUUGCUGUGACGCUCUCAUCAUCGUCUCCAUACCUACACAAUCCACAAUCUCUGGCUGCAGUGCAUCCCGCGAUCGGCUACAUCGGUCAAGUGGGCGGAAUGCGGGAUGUUCAGUUGCUGGGCGUGUCGAAGGAGCUGUGGGACGCGGAACAGCACGCGAUCCUGGAAGCUCUGAGUGGGACGCAUGGAAUCUUGCGUGUAGAUGUGCAGGAGAAGAAGCAAAGGGCUAAGAGGGAUGAGUUGUAA